CAGGAUAUUAAAAACAAUAUUAAAGAAGCUAUAGAGACAAUAGUAACAGCAAUGGGCAAUUUGGCACCUCCAGUUGAACUAGCCAAUCCAGAGAACCAGUUUCGAAUCGACUACAUCUUAAAUUUAGCCAACCAGAUAGACUUUGAUUUCCCACCGGAGUUUUAUGAACAUACGAAAACACUUUGGCAAGACGAAGGUGUGAAAGCCUGCUAUGAGAGAUCUAAUGAGUAUCAACUGAUUGACUGUGCACAGUA